AUGACGACCACCACAACGGAAGAAACCACUGAAGAGAAUGACUCUCCCUCUGCGACAGUCGUUUCGUCAACGUUGACGCCUGUUCCUGAGAAAGAGGAAGCCACUGAAGCAACAACGCCAACAGCGGCAGAUCCAAAGAAACGGAUGGAGGGUUCCACAAAUGACGAGAAGCGAAACCAGACUGCUCCCGAUAAGGAGGAGGCCGUACAGAAGAAAGAAGUGUUGAGGAAUACCCCAGAAGAAGAGAUUCCUGGUGCUGCUGCCUUUCCAAAUGCAGCUGUGAUGAAUGUAGUGAAGAAAGUGGAGGCAAUGCCAAUGGAAACAGUUAACGUCAUGCCCUCCACUGGCGAAGAUGUGCCCAAAAAGGCAGCUUCUCUGCCACCAACGAUCUCUGCUCCCUCUACACCAGUGGAAGCUGCUCAACCACCUAGGGUGCAACUACCGAAGGCCGAGCCGGAGAGCGAAGUGGCUCCUAGGGCACCUUUCCAAUCUCACCAGUCACUGCCACACGAGAGACCAGUGCAGGAGUUCGCUCAAACAGUGCCAGAGAGAAGCGCUAUCGGAGCUGGCGUAGUUCCAGCAAGGACUCCCAUGGUGCAUACAGCAAGAACUGAUCCUGACAGCACAAGACGAUUUGUUCCUAGACAGUUGCCUUCCAGACCAAAUCCAAGGAUGCAGUCAAGGCCUCAGCCAAUCAACUUGGAGAUGCCUAAGCAAAUUACUGAGAUCAAGGAUUUCUUGGUGUUGGCACGAAGGAAAGAUGCCAAAAUUGUCAAAAUCAAGAAGAACAGCCUCAACGUAAAAUUCAAAGUUCGCUGCAGCAGAUAUUUAUUCACCCUAGUCGUAAAU